AUGACUGCCGAGCACCUCAAAGAAAAAGACACUAGCAAGAGCCCGGUGGCCGCCAGUAUCGCCAUGGAGUCCACCGCCAUUGACCCCGUGAUCCACAAGCGAGCAAUGCUGAAGUUCGACACAGUCGUGCUCGGGUGCUUUGGAAUCAUGUACCUCCUGGCCAACCUGGACAGGAAUAACCUGGGAAACACAAAUAUCAUGGGCCUACCCGAGGACCUCAAUCUCAAAGGCAACGAGUUCGGCAAUGCUGUGACACUCUUCUUCGCCACCUAUGUCGCCUUCGAGGCCCCCUGCUCCAUCGCCCUCAAGGUUGUUGGACCAAAGAACCUGCUCUCGUUCUGCAUGCUCGGUUGGGGCGCCACCUGCCUCGGCAUGGCUUUCAUCAAGAACGCGUCACAGCUUUACGCCUGCCGACUGCUCAUUGGCUUUUUCGAAGCCGGCUUGAUUCCUUGCAUCAAUGCCUACAUCGGCAUGGUCUACUUGUCAUCAGAGAUGUCCCUCCGCUCCGCCAUAAUGUACGGGUUCAGCGCACUAGCCGGCGCCGUCGGCGGCUUGCUGGCGUCCGCCGUCUCUAACGUGAACGCUGGCGGGCUCCCAUCGUGGUCAUGGCUCUUCAUCAUUGAAGGCAUUAUAACGGUUGCCCUAGUGCCGGUCCUCUACUUCGUGUUUCCCAAAGACCCUGCCACCGCCUGGUUUCUCAACGAAGAGGAGCGCAAUGUUAUGCGCCUGCGCUUCGAAAUGAACCCUCAUCUAGCCAUCGGGGAAGAGUUCUCGUGGGCCAAGGUCCUCAGCGCUUUCAAGGACCCCAAGAUGUAUUUGCAUGCCGUUCUCGAGUUCUCACUCACGCUGUCGCUCUUUAGCUUCAUGACAUUCUUGCCCGCCAUCAUCAGGGGUCUGGGGUAUACCAGCGUCCACGCCCAGCUGCUGACGGUUCCCGUGUACGUCUGGGCGACCAUGGCGUACAUCAUCAUCGCCCUCCUGUCGGACCGCAUCGGCUGGCGCGGACCCUUCAUUUUGAUGGCGUGCUUGUUCCUUAUCAUAGGAUACGCCAUGAACCUAAGUACGACCUCUCUCGGAGCCCGUUACGCGGCCGUAUUCGUCCUUGGAGCUGGCGUCUAUACUACGGCCGGUCUUUCCAUCGUCUGGCUCAACAGCAAUUUCGCCGGCCACUUCAAGCGUGCCACGGCUCUCGGUGUCGUCUUUAGUGUUGGAAACUCGUCAGGAAUCGUUGUCGGUCAGAUCUUCACCGCCCAAACCGCACCGCGCUACCUCUACGGGACCCGCAUCACCGUCGGAUUCGUAGGGCUCGGCAUUGCCCUGGUUAUCAUCAACAUGCUUGCCCUACGGUGGGUGAACAAGCAGCGUGAAAAGAGACUCGAGGCGAGCGAUCAGGGUUCUUCAGAGGAAUCACAUGCUGAGAAGGAGAUUAGUGAUUGGGAUGACACAUUCAAGUAUAAUUUGUAG